CUGUGGUGGGAAAAUAAGCAUGUGAAAUUGAUUUCACCAAAAUAGGACACCUCAUCAUUCACCUGUCCGUAAACAAGCAAACACUGACAGUGUUGUCAACGUAAACUUCACAACAUACUUUUUUAGUGUAGAUCUACGUCUUACAAAAUAUUUGUUUGUGAAGAAUGGCAAUGCAUUUAGCUGUUGCCGUAUUGUUGGUCUGUUUGGUUCAUCACAGUACACAACAGCCCCCUGGUGUUCCACCAAAGCAACAAGGACAUGGCCACAAUCAGCAUCAACAGCAGGCCCCUCAACAUCAACAGCAGCCUCCACAGCAGGAUGGCCACGGACACGGAGGUGGUCAUGGACACGGGGGAGGUCAUGGCCUGGAGUUUGCUUCAGAAGUCCACAAUGCAGAUCACAUUCUGGAGCACUUGGAAAAAGUUGUGGCUACAAAGUCCAAAGAACAAAUGACAGAAGAGGAACUGGAGUUCCAUUAUUUCAAACUCCACGACUAUGACAACAACAACAAAUUAGACGGUGUGGAGAUUGGGAAAGCUUUGACUCACUUCCAUGAGGAAAAUGAAAAAGAUAACCAGGAGCAGAAGAUAUUUGGAGACUCUGAGAUCUCCAACAUUGUGGACUCUGUCAUACAGGAGAAUGAUGAAAACCAUGACGGCUACAUUGAAUACUUUGAAUUCAAGCGACGCCAAGCCAACAGCAGAGACAAGCCAAACAACCCAUAGUCCCCCAAAGUUUUGGUUCAUCUGAGCGACAGAAUGGAAUAUUUAAAUCUCUCUACUCCUAAUUUUUGUGUGUUCAUUAUCCAAGGUCAACAAAACUCAAGGCCUUUAAAAUAGUUCUACCACUUGAUGAAAUAUUCUAUUUCAUACCAAAAAAAAUAUUGUUAAUAAAAUUGUUUGGUUUAUUUUGUUAAUUUUUUAGUCUCUGUAUGCUUAUAACUGAUCACAGUGUACUCAAAUGAAUUGUAGCUAGCAAAAAAACUGAACAAUUCUAGUCCAAUCUGUUAUAUAUUUUAUAUUAUCCUGGCCAAUCCAAUAUUGUAGUGCUGUCAAUCUGAAUCCCAACAACUCAACUUCUGACCCUUGAACCUACUUCCGACCAAUGUUGGUCAAACAAACUGACUGUAUAUUGUACUUAAAUUAUACAGAAUUAAGACUGCAAUAAAACAAAAACAAAUCAUUCUCCUUAUCCUGUACCGUGUUGGCAUUCUCUGAGAUUAUUUAUGUUCAUGACAUUUUUUUUGAAAGCUUUCCAUGGAAUGUUAUAAAAUGAUAGCCUCCCUUUCCUUUUCUCUCAGAACAUGUAGGUACAUCUAGAGUAAGUGUCUUGAUCUAAGUGUGUGUGUGUGUGGCAUAUGACUCAAGUUUUUAAAUUUGGCUUUCCUAGAAGUUAUUGCCUUUGGACAUUGGCCUGAAAGAUAUUUAAUAUAUGAACUGUUCGUUUUUAUGAUGAUGAUGAAAGGCAGCCUUUGCAUUUCUAGCAGUUGUUAUCAAAACCUGUUUUAGAAAAUGGUUUCUAGUUUUUAUCUGAGAAAACAAAUUUAUAUUUGUCAACUAUACUCACGAGUGUAUCCAUAAUUGCUUCAUUCUGCAUGGCAUUUCUUCCUAGAAUAUUUAGAUAAUUUAUGAAGUUGGCAACAUAGUUAUAUACUUUAUAAAAUGCUUACAUCAUCAACUGUUUAAAUAUUUGCAUGUUUUAAAAAUCAAAUAGCACAAAUGUGCAACUGAAUCAAGGUUCUAUAAUUAUGUGUGGUCAGUGAUCCAUAUUUAUUUAUUUUCCAGAAUGAGUUGUCUCUCUUUGUAUCAAACGCAAAUACUUACUUUGCCAUGUCUGUAGUAAAUCUAAUAUUUAUUUAAGCAAAAGUUCAGACAUAUAGUCUUUGGUUGUAAAACAUUGUUAUAAACCAACAUUUAAGCUGUUACUAUAGGAGGUCUCAAAAGUUGUGAAGAUCUUUCAACAUGUCCUCUGGAUAUGUUUGUGUGAGACAUUUUGUGUUCACUUAGACCUAUGACCCAAAAGUAGGUGCCAUUCAUUCCAAGAUGAUAUGUUUUCUACUAGUCUUCUAAAGCCAGGUAGUUUGAACAAUGUACAUUGGUAUUUGUGCUGUUAGUUGUGUGUGUCUGCAUAUUUUUCCUAUAAAUUUGACUACGUAUUUAAUUGUAAUGCCAUCAGCUUUACAAACUAUACAAAAUCCAAAUAUUUCAAUCCUAAAGGUUUGUUUCAAUUCAUAUUGAAUCUGAUAUGUUUUAAUAUUUGUGUUUUUGACAAUCAUUUUUUAACCAUGUCAAAAUAUAAGUUUUGUUCCAUUAGGCCCCAUGAUGACGUUGAAUGGUAGGCCAAUGCUUGUAUGCAUGUUGGGACCACAUUUAUAUAUAUUACAUGCGCAUAUUCAUUUGUAUGUUAGUCCCAUACUUAAAUACCUUAUUUAUUUUUACAAUUCCUCUUAUCAGCGUUCAAAUUCUUCAUGGGUUCAACAAAACAACCUGAGUGGAUGGGUGAACAAGGAUCUUGAAAAUAGCUCUUAAUGAUUUUCCUAGAAAGUUUAUGUAUAUCUUUUGAAAAAAAAAACCCAGUUAAUUGGCUACAGGUGGAAAACUCUAGUUUGACCAUCAUAGUAUAGACUACCAUCUUUUAAUGUAAUCAUGUCUAGAUCUAUAUCACCUAACUAGAAUUUUAGAGAUUAUACAUGGGCGUAACCAGGAUUUUUUCUGGAGGGAGGGUGACUUCUUUUUUUUUAAAAACCAAACAUUAGUUAAUAAGAGUGAACAGAUCACUUUUGCAUACCAUCAUUAGCUUCACAAAGCAGGAAUUGUCUUCAACAAAAAAAUUUCUUCCUGGUUGUAAGAAAAAUUAUAUUAAAACUUCAGUAAUUAAAAUGCAAGACAUUGAAUAAUCCAAGCCUUGAACUAUUCAGAUGCAGAAUUUAAUUAGUGUAUCAGUUCUGUGCAGUUAAAAGAUUCAUAUCUUGAUUAACUCUUUCUCUCCUAACUGACGAUACCAACGUUGAUUCCACCAGAAUGUGGUAAAUAAUUAUGGAGAGAAAGAGUUAAAUGUGUUUUAAAAAAAUGUAGUUGAAACGUAUACCAUUCUCCUAGCAUUAUUUCAAGAUCUCUUUUUGUUACAGUUUGUUACCAUCAAUAUAUAAUUCUGUUGUUCCUCUAGCCACAUUCCUGUCAGUUUAUUUAUUUAGUUCAUGGAAAGUUGUACUGUCUCCAAGUCUAUUUAGUAAUGGGACAAGGGGAGAUAGAGCAGUAGGGCACAUAAGGGGGAGUUAAAUAAUGUUAAAAUUAAAAGUCUGCUUAUCUUAUUUAAACAAGUUUGAGAAUAACAUUGGAAAAUAUUCUCAGUCUAUUUUUCAUGCCAUGAUAAAUCAGAACAGGAUAAAACACAAAAUGAAAUCAUUAAUUUAUUUUGUUUCUGUUUUAUUUGGCCAUUGCUAGCAAAAUGUUCUUAGCUUUCAGAUAAGUGUGUAUGCAUAACAGCUGGGUCUCUGUUGGUGGUAUUUGCAAGUGAUGAUUUGAGCCAUUUAUUUUAAGUGUCAUAAAGGAUAUCAAAAACUGUUCAAGUCUCAUAAAGGAAAUCAAAAUCUGGUCCCUAAAACCCAAAAUAUCAAAUAUAUCUCAGUGAAAAUCUUUAAAAAAUUAGAUUCAUCUUAAAAUAGUCAAUUUUGUUUAAAAAGUUGUACACUUUUAUAAAUGUGUUUAAAGUAUAUAAAAUUAAAGGGAUCAAGAAUCAAAAGUGAAUAGUACUACAAAAUUAUUUUUUUUUCUAUCAUUUUAUGUGUUAAAACCUUUUUUUUUUAAAUAAUACAUCAUUAGUUUGUUUAGAUAAAACUUCUUGAGUAUACAUGAAAACUUACACAAGUUUUAUGAAUUUUGAUUUAAUUUUAUAUUGAAGUUUUUUUUUAAAGUGUGAUUUUGUUAUUUCUGUUGUCAUGUCAAAGUUCAUGAACUGAACUUUUUACUGUCCGAAAAAGUAUUUAUAUUUUGAGACUUACAUAAAUGUUUGUUUUGGUGGUAGUGUGUGUAUUUGCGUUAGGUCACAAGUUGAAUAUUCAUGUUUCUUGUCCACUGAAACACUGAGCCAGGCAUUUAUCUGUUGCCGUUUUUUAAGUUUCCAGGAACUCUUUUAACAAGUUUGCAUUCCAGAGUGUAUUCUGUGAGGGAGAAAUCAAAUGUUUUGGGGCCUUAAGUAAAGUUUCACUAUCUGAGUUGGGCAUGUCUUUGGGGCUGAUGUUCUUAAAGCGAAUGAUGAUGUCAACUGUCUCAUAGCCAGUGGUUCAAAGGGUGUCAAAGAGGUCAGCAACAAUGACCGACCCCAUUGAUGUUGCCUCAUUUUGGGAAAUACAUUUCUACAAUCCCAAGUAAAAAAAAAAAUCUUGUUGACUCCACAAGCACUCAAACCCACACCCUUGGGAUCAUCACCUGUAUGUCAAAUGCUCAUUACUUGAUCACUGCCAUAUAUUUUGUUAAAUAAAUUAAAAACAAUGCAUAUAAUUAAUAUUUGUGUAACUUAUGGAUGUAUAUUAGAUGAGUAGCUAAUGUUUUUAUGUUGGGGUCAUUUUUAUUGGUGAUGGAAUAUUGUGAUCAUCUCUCUCUCCCCCCCCCCCCCCCUCUUUUUUUUUUCCACCUGUCAAUGAUGAUUUUAUUGUUUUCUUAAAUCUUGUGGUGAAGGAUUACAUUAUUUCAACUUUUUAAUUCAAGAAAACAAACUGAUCUUCUGUCUACAUCUUAGAGGUGUGUAAUUUGUUGGAACUAGAACUUGUGAUUUUACAAGUUUAUUGGAAUAGAAGAUUUUUGUUUUUCUUUGUUUCUUUUAAUCCCACUGAUUUCUACUUUUUAAAAAAUUUAGUUGCAGACAAGCAUAAUUGUUUAUGCUUCCAUGUGAAAAAUCACCUUUAGUAUAGCACAGAAUAAAUAAGUUAAAACCCUUUUUUAGUAUAUUUUUUUUCUAAUAGACAAAUAUUUUCAUAAAUGAAUGUGUGAUACAAUCUUUUUAUUUAUUUAUUUAUUUUCAUUUUUAAAAAAAUACAUUUGAAUGUGACAUAGUUUUAUCUAAUUACAAUGAUUGAAGAAAAAUCCAUAAUUUAAAAGAAAAUGCAACUGUUAAGAUAACUAAUCGUCUCUUAAGUGUCCAGCUUUGGCAACACAGCAUAAAAUACUGCCAAAUUUUAUUGUAUAUGAAGCUAAUUAAAAUAAUAUGAGUUCUCACAUGUUUGCGUCAUUAAUUGUGUAUCAUCUCCCAACAAAAGGAUGUUCAGUAUUUUACUGUUGUUUGUUUUUUUUAAGAUGUAUGACCUUUGACUUUUAGUUGAUCUGUUUGAUGUACAUUUUGAAUGUUAUUAAACAAAUUAUUUAAAUCA